UAAUCAUGAAAUUAAAGACUUGGAGAAGUUGAAGCAUAGCUUAUCUUUGCCGUGAGACCUACUUUUGGUUCUGGUUUGUGGUUAGAUGUGAAAUAAAAAUAGAAAUAGAAAGCAAAUCUAUAAUUAUGUUGAAGCUUAAACCUCCAAAUAUGUAAAACCUUCAUGUCAGUUAAAGGAAAAUCUCUAAAAGCAGCAGAAAAGUUUUUGACAUCAAAACUGUCAUGCAAUUAUCUUAUCAUUUAUUCCUUGUAUUUAAAUAAAGUUUUAUCUAUUCCUUUCUAGUCACACACAGAGAAAAGGAAAAAGACAAAGAAAAAACAAAAGAAAAGGAAAAACCUGAAAAGAAAGCAACUCACAAGGAAAAAACUGAGAAGAAAGAAAAGCCAGAGACAAAGGCAGGAGCAAAAGAAGAAAAGAAGGCUAAGUCUAAAGAAAAGACUGAUGAAAAGACUAAAAAGGAAGCAAAAGGUGGGAAACCAGAGAAAAUGAAGCAAACAGCUGCAAAAGUAAAAGAAGUACAGAAACCAUCACCGAAAACCAAAGAGAAGGAUAAAGAAAAGGAGGACAAAGAGGCACUGUCCAAACAUGAGCAGCAAGAUCAGUAUGCAUUCUGUCGAUAUAUGAUUGACAUGUUUGUCCAUGGGGACUUAAAACCAGGACAAAGCCCAGCCAUACCCCCUCCAUCACCAAGAGUACAAGUUUCUGGACCGACUCUGGCGACACCUGUUCUUGAAGAAAAAGAAGGAGAGAAGAAAGCUGAGAAGAAAGUUAUUUCUGAAACAAAAAAGAAAGCAGAAAAAGAAGAUGCCAAAAAGAAAAGUGAGAAGGACACUCCCAUUGACCUGAAAAAGAAAGAGCCAGAAAAAGCUUCUGAAACCAAACAAGGGACUGUAAAAGUUGCAGCACAAGCAGCAGCUAAAAAGGAUGAAAAGAAAGAAGAUUCCAAGAAAAUAAAAAAUCCUACAGAAGAGCAGUUGAAGGGAAAAAAACAAGAAAAGAAAGAAAAACAUGCAGAACCAGCAAAGUCACCAAAGAAGGAACCUUCAGCUGCAAGUGAAAAACAAGUGAAAGCAAAAAUUGAACGAGGCAAAGAAGAGGUUGGUGCUGCUUCAACUAAGAAAGCUGUACCUGGAAAGAAAGAAGAAAAAACAACCAAGACAGUGGAGCAAGAAAUUAGAAAAGAAAAAUCUGGGAAGACUUCAUCUGUUCCGAAGGAUAAAGAGAUUAUUACAGGGAAAGAAGUGAAGGUCCCAGCUAUCCAAAAGGAAAAAGGACCUGAAACUAAAACAGAUGAAAAGAUCUCAAAAUUAGGCAAAGAUGUCAAGCCUAAACCUCCACAGCCACAGGAAAAGAAAGAAGAGAAAACAGCUUCAUCUGAAAAGGCACAAAUCCACAAACAAGACACAGUGAAACCACAUAAGAAUGUUUCUCAUGACAAACCAGAAGAAAAGGUAAAGCAGGUAAAAGCUGUCACUGUAGAAAAAACAGCCACACCCAAACAAGCAAAAAAAGCUGAAGAUCAAGAAAAAGAACCUCCAUCUAUAAAAGCAGAAAAACCAAAACCAACUCCAAAGGGAACAUCAGAAGUCACAGAAUCAGGGAAGAAGAAAAUUGAAAAAUCUGAAAAGGAAAGUAAAGGAGAAGAUUUUGAAGAUGUACCGGCUCCAAAGACAGUUAAAGAAACUGAAGAUGUAUCUUCCCCAAAGAAGCAAAAAAGUCCCAUCAGUUUCUUCCAGUGUGUUUACUUGGAUGGGUACAAUGGCUAUGGAUUUCAGUUUCCUGUCACUCCUGCACAACACCCUGGAGAGAACCCUGGCAAGCCAAAUUCUCCAGGACAAAAGUAACAGGGACAGUAGAAACACAUACAUGACCCUUAUAAGUGCUUUAAAAUUAUGAAAAUGGGAUCUUCUAUUUUGUUCACAGUGACACAGGCAAUGGAAAUCAUGCAAUCCAUUUUUUUUUGGUUUUUUUUAAUAACAUUUUACUCUUCUGCCUGGUGUAGAGACAGGGUAGUCAAAGGGAUUGAAUAAUAAGCAAACAUGUUGAAGGGUCUGGUGAUCAAGAAUAUGUUAUUAGUGUUUGUUGCUUUGGAGUAGGAGAUGCUUAUAUUUUUCUAUUUCCACUCACUGGAAGGUUGCACACAAAUUAAUUUAAAGUUUAAACUUCAUAUUGGUCUUUUAAAUGUGAUUGAUGCAAUUACAAAAUGAAAAUCCUGAUUUCAGUUUGAUUUUCAUUUUUCAAAUAGUAAUACAGACUGCAUUCUAAAUUUAAAGGGUACAACAGCUUAUUUUAAAGUGACUCUUCUGUGUCAUGUGGAUAUCUAAGCUCAAUUUACUUAAUAAGAUGAUGCUGAAUAGUUUCAUUCUGUUUAAGCUGUUUCUAUUUUAGUGGUGUCAGUGCUCUAGAAUGGAUAACACUUGCACCAAAGAGUUCCUUGUGAUAUUCUUAGAGCUCAAAAUGUCUCUGAACUUUAGACAUGAAAAGAUUAAAAAACAAAUGCUUGGUGAAUCUUAUCUCUAAGAUUAAUCAUGAACUACAAUUAAGACAUUCACUCCAGUAGAUGUAAACCUCCAAUUAGGCAGGUCUGCUGAGUUAUUUGCUUGAAAUAUAAAUAAAUGUAAUGGGGAUUUUCAGAUUUCUCCACACUGUUUCUUCAUGAAAUUGUCACCUGGAUGAAACUUUAGAUCAAUGAUUAAAUGUGGGUGACAGAUGCAAAAUUAUUUAAUUUCACUUAAAUACAUUAUCUUGGUGAAAUUUUCUUUUCUUUUUCAAAAUGAAAAAAUAUGAGUGCCAUCAAAGUUUAAGGGAGACAUUUUAACCAUGGUUGUCUUCAUGAGAUAUCUUACUUGCUUUCAGGUAAUGGGUGAUCUUUGCUCAUGACAUGGAUGAUGAUUUUUAACUUUCUUGACAUUGUAUCACUGGAGAUGACUGUUAUGGUUUUGUCAUCUUCCUAAUGAUACACGUACUCAGGUUCUUACAACAUUUUUCUAUCAGCUCUGAAAGUCAUGUCUCUGCAAUCUAAUAUCAUGUUUACAAUUGCAAAUGAACUUACGACAAAGUAACUCAUUAAUAAUUUGAGUUAUUCUUUCUGGUGUUAUAAUGAUUUUGCAAGGUCUAAGCUAGCCAGAACCUAUAUAGUCACGUGAUUUAUUUUCAAGGACUACGACCAACUAAGGUUGUUGAGACUCAAGGUAUGAUCAGUUUUACAAAAAUCCUUAGUAAUACAUUCAUUAUUAAUAAUGGAUUUCCACGGACUUUUGUGGAAGAAGUUGGUCUUGGCCAUGUAAUGGGAGACCCAAUAUACACCACAAAAGCCAACAUUACAAUAAACCAGAUUAAAAGCAUCCUUUUUUUGUGGGGAGGGGGUGACCUGGAAGUGUGUAAUUUCAGGUCUGACCAGAUGGUACCAUCUUUCAAAGCCCCUUCGUAUACUGAUGUUCAUUUAUAAGUAGGACAGUGGAUAAUGUUUAUUGUUCAACUGUUCCUCUACCUGUUAUAAUUACUAGGAAAAGGAGUGGGAGAAAAUAUGAUAGCCAUCUUAUGUCUUAUAGCACAGAAUGGUUUAUCCAUUGAAUGGCUAUCUUUCAAUGACUAUAUAUUGAGCAGUUACUCUUUCUAUGCUAUGUUAGGCACUGAACUUCAUAGGAAAAAUACAAGGAUAAAUUCUGUUCCUACUGCUAUCCUGACAUAGUAUGUGACCUUAAAAACCACCAAAUGGACUGUUUGUUUCUCUCUGUGUAAAAUAGGGAUAUCAAGACACACAGCCUUAUAUCUCACAUCACCUCAUAUCUUACAGAAGUACUAUGAAGAUUGAUACAAUAUCUUGAUAUGGAUAUAAUAUUUAAGUAAAUUUCUGAAUUAAUACUUUUGGAUAUUGAACUGUUUUUCUCUCUGAGAGGUUUUCUAUAUUACAUUGUCAUUUAUUUCACUCUCAUUGUGAAAACUGAUAAAUAUUAAAAUGUAGUGUACUUUGUUGAAAUUAGAAUUAAAAUGAACAAUUUAAAUGUAGACAGCAUAAUAAUUAUAAAGGUUUAUCUGAUUUAAGUUAUAAUAAUAGAACUUUAGAUAUGUCAUCUAAACUGUCAUCUGUAGGUUUCCAUCAAAUAAAAAAUACUUUUGAUCCUUUCAA